AAGGCGGCAUGACGUUGCAAAAUAUAUGGGCAUAAACGCGUGCAAGCUGCAUAGCCUCUCUACAUAAUUCUGUACUAUGUACAUGGUUUAUUUAUCAAGGAUUUGAAAUAAAAAUCCUUUCAAAAAAAAGUCAAACUGAACUAGCGGCAUUCACUCAUAUAGUCACAUAGAGGUACAGACAAUAUUGCGGAUGCACAAAUAUAUAUAGAUAUAUGUAAAAAGAGGUUUACUGCUUGGGACCAUGUCGCAUACAAAGAGGGCUGUUGAGCCUGAAAAUGUUGAGUUAUCAUCAUAUUCCACUUCUGAAUUAAAACCAGAAAGUAAUGGAGAAGAUUCUAAUAUGUCACACAUGGCUGAGUUGCAAGCUGAACCAGGAGGCGUUAUACAAGAAGUUCCUGAGAUAAUUGUGCAUCCUUCCAAAGAACCACCUCACAAAAUUCCAGAAAAGAUGAAAAAAUCUGUUCAAGCUCCUCGGAUAUCCUUCAAGUCAGAAAAUGAACAAGUUUUUAUUGAAUUAUUGCAACUGGACUCUAGUGGUCUGUACUGGCAGGAGAAAGCCAGAUGGAUAAGAUAUGAAGAAAAUGUUGAACCAAGUGGAAAUUGGGGACGACCGUUUCUUUCUUAUAUUGAUUGUGAAAGUUUACGACACCUGAGACACACUGUAGAACAGGGUUUGGUAUCACUUGGCAGUGUCAGCGAUGGUGGAUUCACCAUAUCUUACACCAUAUCCAACAUGUUGGUACUUGGUGGUCAUGCAGAAGCUCGACAUCGUGUACGCUUACGACAAAUCAUGACACUUCCACGCAUGCAUCAAGGUGAAUCUCAGUCGCGAUUUCGGAAGAAGGUCCACUAUAGACGAAAAUUUCUACGAAUUUUCCUUGAAAAAAGAGAGCAAAUGUUUGCUCGUGCAUGGGAGAUGUCAGAUAAUGAAGUACGUAAUCGUUGGGUGAGGCUGGCUCGAAUGGCCUUAGAUCAACAUCGGAAGCAAAAUCCUAAUCCUGUAAAAGUUAGGGCAGAAGAAGUGGCAAGGGAAUGGUGUCCAGAAAAAUAUCUAUUCGAUGAAAAUGGUGCUAUGCGCGUAAACAGUACUAGUACUAGCACUCGUAACCUGUUAAAAACAGAAACCCAUGCUGAUCGUCUCAGUGUUGCCUCAGAAUUUUCAAAUGUUUCUUAUCUGAUAAACAUGGAUUAUGAGACAACACGAGAGCGAGGUCUACCUAUGACAAGUGAUCAAAUAAAACUGAAGAAAAUCCUUCAUCCGAACACUAAAGGUAUAUUAAUACUUCAUGCACCCGUCGACUUCUUAAAAAGAGAUGAGUUUAUUUCGGCAUUCGUUCGCUAUCCCAACGAUAAACCUAUAGUGGACUCCUUGGAACUUAACUUGCCUGUGAAGUUUAUGUUUAUAUUGUUUUCAUCUAAACAUGCAGUUCGGACAGAUGGCUAUCAAAUGUGUCGUACGAUGGGCACUUUAUUUCAUGACAAGGCCUUCAGACGUUGUGCCUACGAAGCCAAAACGUGCCAAGACAUAACAAAAGCUUUCUUCACGUUUAUUGAUGGGAGUGUAAUGUUGCCUCCGGGAGACUGGAGACCUGACCUGCUGACUCCAAUUGCUGAGGCUAUUUCCGGCAUUACUCGUAAAAAAAAUGCGUUAAGAAAGUUUAAACAUCGAGAUGGAAAACAACUUUGGAGAAUUGUCCGUACAAAAAUCCGUGUUAUUGCUAUGAUGAAAAAUAUGGUUCAGAGCAAACAUGCGCUGUUAGAAAACAACGAUGACCAUAUUGAAAAGGAACAUGAAGUAUCCAGCACGCAAGGAUUAUUUCCCAGGAGAGGAGACUGUCCAUUGAUGAAUAAAUUUUGUGCGAUACGUCGGAGGAUAACACGCAAACACUGUUCGAAACGUAAAAAGAAAGUUGACGAAAGUUUAAGCGAUUCGAAUUCCAGUAGCAGUGAAAGUGAGGAAAUUGAAAAGAUCGAGGUUCAUCCAUUACACCCAGAUGGUCGAUGGUUUGGUGGUUUACGACGUGAAAUUACUAAACGUUAUCCGAUCUACGUCUCUGAUAUCAAAGACGGACUGCAUAUACAAUGUUUGGCUACGAUAUUAUACUUAGCAAUCAGUUUGAUCGCGAUGUGUUUAACAUAUGGCCAGGUUAUUUCUAAGUACACUAAAGGUUAUAUUGGCGCUUCAGAGAUGCUAUUUGGUACAGCUAUAUCAUGUGUAUUAAUGGCCGCCCUUGGUACAGAGCCUUUAGCUGUAAUAGCAGGAACAGCAGCAAUGAUGAUUUUUGAAAGUUCGACCUACCAGGUUUCGAGUUCGAUGAAGUUGGACUUCAUGCAAGUUCGCUGGUUGACCGGCAUGUGGAUAUUUCUAUUUCUUAUUAUCAUCCUGGCUUUUGAUAAAGCGCACUGGAUUCAUUACUGCACUAGAUUUACGGAGGAAAUUCUUCAUGUCCUUGUCGCUUUGCUGUUUAUGUACGAAGGAAUUAAAAAUCUAAUUAAGGUUUAUGAAAAACAUCCAUUGCGCGAAGAAUACGUAAUUAAUGCUAAUGUUUCCGGUGGUUUCACUGCUGAUAAACCAAACACAGCGCUUCUGUAUACCAUCAUAAUGUUCGCUACGUUUGGUUUGGCUUUAGGAUUUCGCUUGUUUGAGAAAACACGCUUCUUCUCUCCGAGGGUUCGUCGUUUAUUGAAUUUCUUCAGUAUCCCUGUGGCUGUAAAUGUGAUGAAUGGCAUUGUUUACGCUGUUGAUGUUUAUCUUAAUACAAUCCAUAUUCCUGAAAGGCUGAAACUGACCUCGCCCGACAAGAGAGGCCGUUUCGUUUUACCAGAUGGAGAUAAGAUGUUCCAAGGAAGUAUUUCAUACUGGAUUAUUCCAAUUUCUAUUGCUCCUGCUGUGCUCACUGUCAUACUAUUGUUUAUUGAGAGUGAAGUUACUCUGCUGGAUUGUUUUAAGGAAACUCGUGGCAGAAAAGGAUCAGGAUUUCACACAAACCUUCUUGUUGUUGCGAUCAUGGUUUUAAUUUCUUCAUUUCUUGGGUUACCCUGGAUGUGUUUGGCCGCUGUCGAGACGUCUGUCCACUUGGACAGUUUGAAAGUUUGGAGCAGUUUCGAUGCACCGGGAGUUAAAAGUCACGUGGUUAAAAUACGAGAACAAAGAUUAACGUUGUUUUUUACUGGAAUUUUGAUUGGUUUAUCAUCAUUCCUGAGUUUCUAUUUGGAUCAAAUUCCUGAAGCAGUAUUAUCUGGCGUGGUUUUAUACAUGGGUGUCGUUGCAUUAUUUGGAGUUCAAAUGAUCGAAAGGUUUUUCCUCAUGUUUAUGGCGCCAGGGCAGCAUCCAGAUAUACCUUACUUGAAAAAUGUACCAUUAUCCAAAGUUUAUUUAUUCACCAUCAUUCAAGUGGGUUGUGUGGUUAUUCUUUGGAUCGUGAAGAGUAUUAAAGAUGUGGCGGCAAUUUUCCCUUUGGUGGUUUUAUUAAUGAUUCCACUGCGGGCUUUACUUGGGAGAGUUUUCAGCAUAGAGCAUAUUGAGCAGCUUGAUAACGAGGAAGACGAAGAAGGUCAUGGUCCACUUGACUGAAGGCAGCAUGUAAAAACUCUAGUAGACUAUCAAGAACCAUCAUUAUAUUUUUACUGUUGAUAAAAAAAUUUUAACUUUAAUAGAAGCAUAUAUACUAAUUUACGCACAUGCAUUUACAAACAGACAUGAAAAAAUAUUUGACACA